CAUUAUUUUCUUUUUAUUACCAUAGUUUUCAUUAUUAUUUCCAAAUGGCAAUGCUAGGCAUGAUAACAUUAUUAUUUUUUGGAUAAUAGAUAUAGAAUACACAAAUUAUGCGUUUCCAUGUUAGAUCAAUGUGAUGGUGUUCAUACACCGUUACCUACAGUAAAAAUUAUUAUUUCACAAUUGUUAAUAAAUCAAUCAUGAACGUUUAGACUAUAGUUGAGAUUUGUAUUGUCGUACAUAAUAUUGUGAUUUAGUAAAUUUUAUCUGAUGCAAAAUGAACCACACUACAAAGGGUGGGAAAAAUAAUAACGAUUACACAAAGUAUGUUUUCAAUAAUUCUUCAAAUAGUAACAAGACGUGUGUUUUUCAUCCGUCAGCGUUGGAUCAACCAUUGGAUGAUGUCCCUUGGAAAUUGGUCAACAUGUCAUUUAAAUUAUUAAACGUUGACUCAAAAUUGGUGUUAACUUUACUCGCAAACCAUGGAUUUCGUGAGGUCAAUUCCGAUUCAAAUGACUUUAAUCUGUUAUGGUCAAAUAACCAUGUUAAUACAAAUGUCAUAAGUUCAUUGAGAUCUUAUCAACGUAUCAAUCACUUCCCUAGAUCAUGUGAAUUGACUCGUAAAGAUAAAUUGUACAAAAAUAUUGAAACUAUGAGCCAUCGCAAUGGAAUUAAAAAGUUCUCUUUUGUUCCUGAAACAUACAUUAUGCCUAAAGAUUACAAUAGAUUUAUUUCGAACCAGUAUCGACAUCGAGGUUUAUGGAUUGUAAAGCCUUUCGAUUUAUCUCGCGGAAGAGGAAUAACAAUUAUUGAUUAUUCAUUUAAGGACACUCAAUCGGCGUUGAAGGAAAAUGUCGUUGUUGCCAAGUAUAUUGACAAUCCACUGUUGGUGAAUGGAUAUAAGUGGGAUUUACGUCUGUACGUAUUAGUUACAUCAUUCAAUCCACUUGUUGUAUACUUGUACGAAGAAGGGUUAGUUAGAUUUGCAACUGUUAAAUAUGUUUGUGAUAGAAGUCGAAUCAAUAAUCGACGAAUGCAUCUCUGCAACUAUAGUGUCAACAAAAGCAGCCCAAGCUAUAUUAGGAAUUCGGAUCCUGAACGAGAAAAUGUAGGCCAUAAGUGGUCGAUGAGUGCUCUUUUGAACCAUCUUAGAGAAGAAUAUAUUAUUAAUACUGAAACUUUGAUGGCUGAAAUCGAAGACAUUGUAGUUAAAACAAUAAUGAGCGCUACUGCACAAAUGUUACCAGCAAUCAAUUGCUUUGUACCUCACAGUCAAAAUUGUUUUGAACUAUACGGGUUUGAUAUUUUGGUGGACAACAAGUUAAAACCAUGGCUGCUUGAAGUUAACCUAUCUCCAUCAUUAGGGAUAGAUUCGGCACUUGAUUCUCGUAUUAAGAGUUCAAUGUUAUGUGAUUUAUUUACUUUAAUUGGUAUUCCAAUCGUUGACCCUACUGUCUUCAACUUUCACAGAAAUGUUCGAAGACCAAAAUCUGAUAUUCCAAGGAAAACAAAUGCGAAUAUAAAUAUUAAUAAUCUCAGUAGUGAUGAAAAACGGUUAUUGAAAAACACAAUAGAUCAAAAUCAAAGGAGUAGAGGGUUCAUACGGAUUUUUCCUACAAACCUAUCAUGGAAAAAAUAUUCCUCUUACUUAGAUAAUAUCAAUGGCAUUCCUAGGGGAUCUACUAUACCGCCAUUUUAUAUAAAACUAAUAAGGAAUUAUAAUUAUUUUUUAAAUGAUCAUUUAUUUAACGAAAAUUCUUCGUUUUAUAUGGAUAUUAACAGACAAGAUCGCUAUGAAAGAUCUUUAAAAGAUUUCAAGCAAAACUUUAACGACAAUAAAGAUGCAGACCAAACAACUGAUAUGUUAAAGUUAAAAAAAGCAAUUGUAAAAUAUUUAAAUGAUGGAUAUGUAUUCAGUAAUCUACAGGCUCGGCAAACCUUUGCUCUAUACUUGACUUACAUCUCCGCUUUAUUAAAAAAAUGUGCUUUGGAGAAAAAUUAUGACAAUCCAUCAAGUAAUCUUGUUUUGAUGUUUUUAAUAAAAGCUUCAAAAAACCUCAGUGUUCCUUUAAAAAUUGAGGUUUCUAAAUCUUCAUUGUCAAAUAAAAAAGCAAUGGAAAUACUUCAACUAUUGGAAAGCUUUUUAUUGAAAUACAACUAUGAUACUGUGAUGUAUACAACCCAGGAAACUACAAAGAAUUGCCUGCCACAUAAAUUAUUUAAUUUAUUUCUCAUGCAUGCCGGGAAAGAAGAUAUCGAAGAAAUUAUCAAUAAUUCGAAACAUAAUUGUUUGUCGUCUGCAAUACACCCGGUGAAUGACAUUAAAAAUGCCAAAACAUUAGAAUCAAAAGUUUGGAAAUAAAUAAGUACAAUGCUUAUUUUCUCCCAAGGGCGUAUUUGAGGAGGGACGAGGAGGCUUUGCCCUCACAUCACUCAUAUUUUUUACUAAAAAAUACAUUAAUUAAUAAUUUAUUUAAUCAAUUUUCCGUUUGAUUAGUUUGUAUACAAGAACAAUUUAUUUCGCCCUCCCCCCCCCGUGAUCACAACUCAAAUAUGCCCAUGUAUUUCUCCUUAAAUUUGCUUUAAAUUAUUAGCAAUAAUUUUUCUUAGAUAUAAUAAUUUUAACAUAUUUUGAUAAAAUUGACAUUAUAAUCAUUAAAUGGUUACACACGGCACCACGGAGCGAAUUCUCGCGUGGGCAUUUUAAAAUCGUGAACGCGCUAUGUUUUUAGGUACAUUAGCCGUUAGUCAUGCCACGCCGUUUUCUCAUGUGAAAUAAUAAAUAAAUGUGCCUAUAAAAGAGAGCAUUGAAAACAUUUCGUGUGAAUAUGUGGUAUAUAAUGUACAUUGGAAAUACAUAGUUUAAUUUUAGCGUUCGAACGUGACCGAACACGCCUGUUUAUUCCCUGUUUGGAUAUCGAAAUCUAAAUAUUCCAAGUACACGCAUACUAUUUUGAGCGAUUAUUGUUCGCGAUUUAGAACGUGUGUAGUGUGUACCGUUUAUCUAAACGCACUAAAAUCUAAAAAUUAAUAUAAUAAUUGUAUUUAAUGCUAUUUACGUAUUUUAUUAAUAAGACUGGUAAAAUUAAAAUGAGCCAAUUUCAAAAUAAUAUUAUAACGAAAAUAAUAAUUACUCUGAGCAGUCUGUUGUUGCCUAACGCAAACCAAAAAACCAUACAAAUAAUUUUACAUUUUUUCUUCCAUUCAGCUUACUACAGUUUGGUUACUAAACGUGCUUAUUUAUUUCAUUGUUCUAAUUAUUCUAAUGUCUGUGACAACAAUAGUGUUGAGUACAUAAAAUUGUACUUUUUUUUUCAAUUUGAAAUAUUACAGGCUAAUAUUUUUAUCUUUCAUAACAUUUAUUUUAUGGUUUGAGUCCUAAUAUGACUAAACUAUUGUUUAACUAUUGUCUACCACUAUUGUUUUCAUCAGUAUAAUAUGUAAUAUUUUUAAAAUGGUGAAACUAAAAUUUCACGUUUAAAAUUCAUGUUUAGUCUGCUAAUCACCAUAACUAUAUUAUUAUACUGUCUAUAUUUACACAGGUUUAUUUAUUAAUUUAGACAAACAGUGUAGUGUGUAGUCUCUACUGUCUAGUCUAUAUUAUGUAUAAAUAAAAUCUUCAUUUUGCAGGCAUAUUAAAAUAAGCUUUAUUUUCUAAAAAUGUUUAAUGAAUACAGUAGGUAAUAUAUUAUGAGUAAAACUAAAACUAAAUUUUCAUGAUGUAGGUUCAUAAUAUAAAAUAAUUAGUAAAACUUUAUUACUAUUAUAAUAAUUUGACAAUUAUGAGAUGCCAACAUUUUCAAUGUUCCUAAAAUACAAAUAUUAAAUUCUAUUUGUAUUUGCUAAAUUACACCAAGUCACCAAACAAAUUUGCCAAAGAAUUUAAUCUAAUAAAUAAUUUUUGAUAAUUAUAAUAUUUUACUUUUAUAAUAAUAUAAUGUAUAAUUAAGUAAUUAUAGUUGGAUCAGAUGUCAGUACUAAUUAAGCAACUCUAAUAAUUAACUAAAAUGUGUUCUAAAUGGAAUUCGUUCAAUAAUUUUAGAAAUCAUUCAAACUUUCGUGCAAAUUAAUUAAAAUUAUUUUUCACCUCACUUGAGGUUUUUUGUGCAAUUACUGUUAAACUGAAUGCAUUUACUGAAAGGUUUCUAUAUCUUAUCAUUUAUAAAGUACUGUAAUGUAUUUAUUUAAUAUAUUUUUUUUUAGUUUGUGAAUUAAGUAGAGUAUAAUAUAUUCAUGUAAUUGAAUUUUAAUUACCUAGAUUAACAUUAUAAAGUAAUAUUUUUUGAUAUAUUACAUUAUAUACUAGUGUACAAUGAAUAUGGAAAAAAAUAGGAGUAAGCAUUGUGAUAUAAUUAUAUAAAUACACCAACAUAAUAUUGAUGUACGUUUAAAUUUAAAAUGCCAACCAUAAAAAUAUUUUAACUAUAGAUAGCUCUACUAUUCUAACAAUAAACAAAAAAAAAACAUUUUCAUUCAGUGUGUUAACUUUUGUAAUUUUUAGUUGGAUCAAUUUUGGUUAAUUAUUUACCCCUUUAUUUACUAUUCAGAUAAAUUAAUCACCAUCAUCGUAUCUUUUGUAUUUAACUUAAAAUAUUGACAAAAAUGACCAAUUAAAUAUACUUUAUUAUUAAAUUAUCUUAAAAUAAAAUUUGAUAAAAAUCAUAAUUUAAUUAUAUAGAUGUAGUCAUAAUUCAUAAGUAAAACUUAUAAUCAUAAUUAUUAAAUUUAAUUAAUAUUUUUCUAGUCUAAUUGCUGUGAUUUUAUAUAAAUACAUUAACAUUUUUGCACAUUUUUAAUUUGUUAAACAUUAAAUGCGCAACUAUAUCUAUACACAUUGACACACUUAAAGCAGAGUUACAAUUAAAAAAAAUUAAACACCUACAAUAUAUUGCUCUAUGCUUAUGUAUUUCUGUACCCCAUUAGUCAUUAAUCAUUAUCCUUUGAGAUUGUCACUUAAUUAAUAAAUAAUUUUAAUUUUCUUAAGAGAAACAUCACGAAUCAUAGUGUUCUCCGUAACUAUAAUGUAUUAACAUAGAUUGCCUAGUCAAAAAUGUACAAAUAUAUUUAAAAAAAAUAAAUACUAAUUAUAGCUUGAAUGCUUGAAACUUUCACUUUCAGGUCUAUUAUUAAUUGUAUCAUAAUUUAUAAUUUUAUAUAAAUUAUGUAGUAUUGUAGUAUAACAAUCAUUUAUCUUUAGAUUAAUAAACUUGACAUAUUUUAUUGUAAUACCUAAACCUAAUAACUAAUAAGCUACCUAAGGUAUAUUCUAAGUUAUUAGUUUCAAAAUAUUUUUUAAGUAUUAGGUACUUUUAAAGUUAUAAAAUAUUAAAAUUUAUAAUUAUGAUUAACCAUGCGAUGAUUUCAUAUUUUUAACAUUGACAUCUAAUGAUUGUUCAUUUGUUCGUGAAGAUAUAGUUACUAAAUUAAAAUUUAUAAAAUGUCCAUUAUUUUUAAAUUAAAAAUGUAGUAUAUUCUUGGUAUUACAAAUAAUCAAAUUAGGUUAAGACUAAGAAUUUAGUGAUAAUUUGUAUUUCGUUUUUCUUGUGUAUCGCUUUUAUUUACAUUGUACCUAAUUUAAAAAAAUGAUUUAAAUGUACGAAAUCACCUACCUAAUUUUGUGCUAUUUACAUUUUGUGCAAUAUUUUUUUUUAUACACAAUAGUGUGUCAAAAUAUAUAAUAUUAUGUUUUAAUUUUA